CCCUGCUAUCUGUCAUGCACUCCUAUUGUUUAGGUGUGUAUGCGUUUAGAUGUGUUAUCUCAGGAUCUUCUCUCUACUUUUAUAAACAGUAUUUUUAUUUUGCUCGCUCUGCAAUUAAAUUAAUUGGAGUUUAAUUAAAGUGGCUUUAAUUGAUAACUUGGGCUCAUAUUGUGUAAUAAAAGUGUUUUUGUUUACUGUUUUAUGUGCACAAUAUGAACAAAAAUAUCACGAUGCAAAUCCCAAUGUAAGAGAACAAUGAUGUUCAGCAGAUGUAAUAUUGUUCGAUGGGAAACUCUAAACAGCUGAUCUAUAGGGCAACGCGAUAACAAAUAAUCGACCGCUAAUCAUGUUCACGAUAGAAAAAUAAGGGAUACGGGUUAAAUGCCCUUGUUACGCAAAUUACUACUGAGGCUGACAAUCCUUGUGUUGUUUCUGGUAGCCCUUUAUUGCUAUCAGACAUCCAAUGGUGGGCACUGGAUUGUGCCCAAUAUGCGCAUGCAAAAUGCAAGCCUGGGAAAUCUUACAACCACCUUAACAGUAACAAAUUAUUCUAUUGAAAUUGUUCAAGACAAUUAUUUAUCUUCGACAGCAAGCACUUUGCUACAUGAUUGGGCAGACUAUUACAAUAUUUGGUGUAUUUUUACCAAAGUUGCUUCAAACUCGCCCAUGAAACGCAAGUUUCAAAUAUUUGUAGAUUCUUUACUCAGAUUGAGCUCUGUAAAUAUUGCUUUUCAUGUAAUAAGCGAUGAUGAGAGUAAAAGUAUAGCACAAAUUGUUAUUCGAGAUGUUAAAGUUAAUACUGGGAAAUUUAUAAAGUUUCAGGUAUUUUAUUAUGAUGUACACAUACUGGCCACACAACUAGAGGAUAUUGUGUCAGUUAUGUCCCCACAUUUCAGUAGUAAACCAGGGACAUAUUAUUCUGAUGCAUUAUUCUUUCUCUCACUGGGUAUGCAUAAGAUUGCACCCAGUCAUCAGAAACUAGCUGUAAUGUUUGAUGCGGAUACAAAGUUUCGCAGAGACGUGAAGGAUUUAUUUGAAGAAUUUAACAAUUUUGGGAAGGAGGCUUUGUUUGGCUUGGCUCCAGAGCUAACUCCAGUUUACCGACAUGUUUUAUAUUUAUAUCGCACUAAACAUCCAACAACAAUGUUUGGCGAACCUCGACAUAAAGGCGGAUAUCCUGGCUACAAUAGUGGGAUGGUACUUUUUAAUUUAGAAAGACUACGAAAAUCAUUUGAAUAUAAAGAAAUUGUUACUAAGAACAGUGUGGAUACAAUGACAGAGAAAUAUCACUUUAAGGGUCAUUUAGGCGAUCAAGAUUUCUAUACACUUCUAGGCAUGGAAAGACCAGAACUUAUUCACACAGUUGAUUGUGGUUGGAAUAGGCAGCUUUGUACCUGGUGGCGUGAUCGUGGUUAUGCGGAUAUAUUUGCUAACUAUUCAGAAUGCCACUCAGAGAUUAAACUGUGGCAUGGAAAUUGCAAUACUCCUAUACCUGAUGAUUAAUGAUUUUUAAUCUUUAUCAAAAUUUAUUCACAUGUAUGCAUGUGUGUGUAUACAGUAAAUAUUAAAUACAAAAAAUGCUUCCAAUUUUUAGUUUUAAGGACAAUGGUAUUAAAGUAUGAACAAAAAUGAUAUCCAAACAGAGAAAGUUAAAGAGAAUUAUAAGUGAAAUAACAUCAUUCGUAAAAUAACAUAAUGAUUAUUUAUCUUAAUCAAUAAAUUUAAGAAAUUCUAUUUGUUUUCGAGUUAUUAAUUAAAAAAUAGAAAGAUAUAUAUUUCUCUUCUUAGUCUUUUUUUCUUUUGUAUUGCUAUUGAAUACUUAUUAAAAGAUUGGAUAUCCGUUAAUAAUGGAUUUCAAUAUUGUUAAUUAUAUAAAGAAUAUUAAACAAAGAGUAAAAUAUUAAAAAAUUUGACAGAGAAAUACUCAUUUUUAGUGCAGAGUUACUACAUUUUAUACAAUUUUAUAAACACUUGAUAGUGUUUAUAAAAUUUGUUUCAAUAUUUUGUUUUUUACAGCUGUGAUUUUUUGUUGCAAUAUAUAUUAUACAUAUAUGUAUAUAUAUUAUACAUAUACAUAUAUGUUUAUAUAUUUCCUUUCCCGUGGCAAUAUACAAUUUGUAUUAUUUAAUAUAAUAAUUAAUUUAUAAUAUGAAUCUACAGAUUUAGAAUUUAUUACUUUAUAUAUUUGUAUUUUGAGUAAUAUUAUUGGAAAAUUAUAUAUAAAUUAUGUUAUUGUGAUUAUAUGUAUUGCAUUAAAUCAAUAUAUAUACAAAGGUAUAUAAAGUGAUUAUAUUGAAAUGAAUGCAUACUUAUAUCAAAAAUUAACAUUCUAUUUGUGAUGCACAAAAUUAUUGAUACACGAAUUGACUUCGUCGCAAGACAAUUGAUUUGAUCUAAAAAAUCACGUGCAUUUGAUUGCAUUUAAUAACCAUAUAUAUAUAUGUCUUCAAUAACCAAUAAUAUAUGCAUCUAUAUACCCAUAUGUAAUAAAAUGUUUGUGUGCAUUAUAUUGUAUAAUAAUAAAAAUGACUGCGUGCGUGUGUGUGUGUGUAUGUAUGUGUGUACAAAAUGUAGUGUUAAAGCGAUGUAUACAUAUAGUAAUAAAAUGACUAUGUAUUAUAAUAAAAAUAUGAUUGCGUGUGAGCGUGUGUGCAAAAUGUAUGUAUAGUUAAUAGCGAAAGCAAUUGCGUCCGAUAUCCGAUAUAUAUGCGUAUAUAUAUAAUAAAAUAAUUGUAUAGUAAUGCAUUAUUGUAUAGUAAUAAAAACGACUGCGUGUUGUGUGUGUGUGUGUGUGUGUAUGUGUGCGUGUGUGUGUGUGUGUGCGCGCGCGCGCAAAAUGUUAAUUAAAGCGAAAGCAAUUGGGUCCAGUACCCGAUAUACAAUAUAUGUAUAAAUGUACAUAAUAAAAAAUGUCUAUUAUUGUAUAAUAAUAAAAAUAACUGCGAGCGGGCGUGUGUGAAUUAUUAUAUAACGUAUAUAUAAGAAAAUAUGUGAAUUAUUAUAUAACGUAGAUAAGAGAAUUAAAAAUAUAGUUUGUAAAAUAUAUUUUGUAAUUUUUUUUAAAUCUAAUAAACUGUA